UAUAUUUUUGUUCCUAUAUAUCGUAGGCUUCGUUUGUUCUCUCUAUAUAUUAUAUCGUUUUGGUUUCUCCACCUUCAUUUAGAACCAUUGAAUGAGAAAGGAGUGUGAGAGAGAGAGAGAUGGAUUCUGUAGGUAGCGAUGGUGCGUCUCGUUUAGUCUCUGAUAAUCUAUGUGCUCAACUCUGGCAUGCAUGUUCCGGAUCUGUAUACAUCCCUAAGGUUGGGGAAAAGGUUUUCUAUUUUCCUCAAGGACAUGCAGAGCAGGUCGCAAUACUUCAAUAUCAACAAGAUCACAACAUGGAAAUUCCUAACUAUCAUUUGCCUUCUAAAAUUUUAUGCAUAGUUGUGGGUGUUCAAUUAAUGGUAAAAGUCGACACAGAUGAGAUUUUUACUCUAGUUACAUUAUUUCCAUUGCUCGAGCAACAAGAAUAUGUAUUAGAGGACAAUCAUGCACUUCAUAGUCCUGAUGAAAUCUACUCUUUUAGUAAGUUGCUCACUUCAAUGGAAACAAGUACACAGGGUGGACUUUAUAUUCCAAAGCAACAUGCAGAUAGAUGCUUCCCUCAGCUGGAUAUGACCCUUCAGCCACCAAUGCAAGAUCUAGUGGUGAAGGACUUGCAAGGAAUUGAAUGGAAUUUUCGACAUAUUUAUUGUGAUCAUGAGAGAGCACACUUGCUUACUAAUGGUUGGAACACAUUUGUAAACUCUAAAAAUCUUCGUCCUGGAGAUUCAUGUAUUUUUGUCAGUGGAGAGAAUGGUGAAAUUGGUAUUGGGAUUCGUCGAGCAAUGAAACAACAUAGCCACAUAUGCACUAAAUUGUGUCAACAAUCAAGUCAAAACAUUCAACUUGGAGCAUUGGCAGCUGUAGUCCAUGCUGUUUCUAUUGGAAGUCUGUUCCAUCUCCAAUACCACCCUUGGAUUGCUCCCUUUGAAUUUAUGAUUCCUCUGAAAACUUAUGUUGAGUCCAUUGAAAAAGACUACUCAAUUGGAACGAGGGUACACAUGUUGUCUGAAGUUGGAGGAUGUCCAAGAAGGUAUGGUACAAUAGUUGGUAAUGAAGAUAUUGAUCCCAUUAGGUGGCCAGGUUCAGAAUGGAGAUGUAUCAAGGUGCAAUGGGAUUCCAUGCUAAAUAUUGAGAGGGUUUGUCCAUGGUGGAUUGAGCCCUUGGGAUCUCCCAAGAUUAUGUUGAAGGGCAUUCCAAUUUUCCCUUUACCAAAUAAAACAGAUGUACCUAACCCAUCAUUGCUUGGAUUAAAUAACUUCGCUAAUGAGAAUAUAACUGGGAGUUCCUCUAAACCUGAAUAUCACAAAGUGGAUAUGGACUUGGAAGGUCAACAAUACAAUACUGGAAAUGAUAAAAAGUCAAUCUUUUCCAUUUUUGCUUUCUUUAUAUGUCUUUGCUUUUUUACAUUUGUAAUUUUUGUCUUUCGUCCUCUUCUAUAAUUAUUUAUUUUCGAUAAGAAAAUAAUCUAAGUAACAAAGACAUAUCAUAUUGAAUGAUCAAACUUGAACUAAGUCUAUAUUGCAUAAGUGAAGCAGAUGUUGUAUCGCUCCAUAAGUUUGUUUGUGCUAAUAGAUUAAUAAAGUUCAUCAUUAGAUGAAA